AUGUUCAGAAUCACUAGACGCAACUCAGAGUCUGAAAUCUAUGAGUCCUCAAGGGAGGAUAAGAGGGAUGAGGCACCCACAACAGGCUUCUCAAGAUUCAGCAAAGACGCUCGCAAGGAGCCCAAAGUUUGGAAGUGUGGUAACCCACAAAAUUCUGAAUACAAAUUCCCUAUGCCAGAGCCAAGUGGCGACCACUGGGAAAAGCUUCUGGCGCCACUUUUGAAAAAGGACAAAAUCCAAUGUGAUUCAUGGAAAGAGGAAGUACAAAACCUGCUGAUCUUCGCGGGUCUUUUCUCCGCUGUCGUCACCGCCUUUGUCGUUGAAUCUUACAAGAGGCUUCAACCCGACCCGGACAGCGACGUUGUGAACCUCUUAUCGCGCAUUGCCGCGCGUCUCGAUGAUCCUGGAAAUGUUACUGGGGUAGCGAUUCCUACUGUUGCAAAUUUUUCUCCUUCACAAUCUGCCGUCCGGCUAAACAUAUUUUGGUUUCUCAGCUUGGUCCUCAGCCUCACUACCGUUCUUCUUGGAAUCAUAUGCCUUCAGUGGCUCAGGGAGCAUCAACACUACCAAGGUACCACCCCAAAACAGUCGUACGCCAUCUUUCAUAUGAGGGCAGAAGCCCUCGAGAAAUGGCACGUACCGCAGAUCUUCACUGCCCUCCCUUUGCUCCUCCAAUGCGCUCUCGUUCUUUUUUUCACAGGAAUCAUAGAGUUCUUGCUAUCACUUGGUUCUAACGUCGCGGCACCCGUCAUUGUUGUCAUUGCUCUCACAUUGUUAUUUUUGUUAGCGACGACACUUCUCCCGACGCUGCAAGCUUUACCUCUUUACCUUCCUUUGAAACUCCACAAGGAAGGUUCUCCAGCACAGUGUCCCUACAAGUCCCCACAAUCGCAAGCUUUCCGUGCAACAUCAACGGUGGUCCUUUGGUUAUGGUCCAAAUUUAUGACAGUCAUCAUCUAUCGUCCCAUUGCAUGGGCAAGGGGACUACUUCGAGGCUAUGAGGACGACGAUCCCCCAGCUUGGAUAAUCAAUAUAGAAGAUAUUCGUGUUGCCUGGACAAAGAAGUCGUGGAUUGAAUUUGACCUGGCAUGGUUAGAUGUACGUGAUAACUAUCUGACGACUGGCCAGGGUAUACAUGCAGCCCCUACUUUCCCUUUGCACGUACCUCUUUACGACCUUAUUCAAGGUCUAUGUACAUCCAUCCAAGAGCAUGGCGUUGAGGAUUCAGAAGAGUUCGUCGCCAGGGUGUAUCAUUGUUUCCAGGAAGUCGCCCAAAACACUCAUGACAUUCACCACUGGCAAUAUCCGUACCAGCUUCAUCUUCAGGCUCUCGUAAAACGGUUCCUCAAACGCGGUGUAUUUGGGUACGUCUCGGAUGUCGUUCACGGCGAAGAUGUGGAUCUUCUGUACGACGAAAAUAAUUUGGCAUUGCUCAAUGUUAUGAUGGCAAACCGUAACUUGGAAGAGAUCAUACCGAAGCUUGAGCAUUUCCAUGAACUUCAGCUCCGCGUCUUAGGGUUCAUUACACAGUCUCCACGUCGACUCAAAGAUGAACCAACUGGUCAAAAUUUCCCCUUCGUCCUCAAGUUUGAGCAUCCCGGAAUGGAACCUGAAUGGGACAAAGAUGUAUUGAUAGAAUUCAGUGAACAGUGGGCAACGACACUGUAUUCGUUUUUCAAAGGGUUCGACACCAAGAGCGCUUCCGAUUUUAUUCUUGAAAGAAGCUUCCACGCUCAUAGCAUCUCCCGGGACCUUAUCUGGGGCGUUCUGGGGCGUCUUAAGUACUCACAUGAAGCGGACGUUGACCCCGAAGACGUGUCGGACGUUUUCGUAGCUGUCGCGGAGAUGAUUGCGACAGGUCUUAGCGCGUUCCUUGAAGACCAGAAUACACGACGCCCGGACUUGUUACUCAACGCUGCCAAUUGUUUCGUGGGCUAUGUGAGUGGGCAGUCUUGGACUCCAAGCGUAGUGUUUGCUGCACUCGCACAGCUGGCGCCUAUCAAGGAACGAUACACAGACCUUUCGAAUGAAUUAGAGAAGAAGGGACAAAAAAAAAUUGCAUACAUCUCCCCUGUGGGCUAUAGUGAUUCGGACGCCAGUACUGUAGGCAAGGGCAAGGGUGUUGCGUGA